AGGGGGCAGUGUGAGCGCCAGGCCAGCAGACUGCUUUACUUCCGGGACAUGGUGAUGGUCGUGAUGGGACUGUAGCACAAACUCCGGACAAAAUCACAGCCUAGGGUGAUGGGGGCAGACGGUGCCCCGGAUCAGACGGAGCCUUGGCGGAAGGUGCUGUGGGAGCGUCAGCCAUUCCCCGACAACUACGUGGAUCAGAGGUUCCUGGAGGAAUUACGGAGGAAUGAGGGCAUCCGGGUGUAUCGCUACUGGGCUGUAGUCAAAGAAGCAGGCUUUGUGGGACAGCAGCUUUCCUGUGUGGCCAUUUUUAUCACCUUGUGGCUCUACAUGGAGCAGGGUCAGCUGGCUCCUGAGACGUUGUUGUGGACCAGCUUGGUCUGUGCCUUGCUGGGUUAUGGACUUCACCAAGUUUUGACAACUCAAACUGAAUCAUGUAGUCAACCGCGUACACAUCUGGCUAAUUUACAGAGCGCUGCCAUUUUCCUUUCCUUCACCUUUGGUUUCUCACCAGUUCUUAAAACAUUAACAGAGUCUGUGAGUACAGACACAGUCUACGCCAUGUCUGCUGUAAUGCUGCUGGCCCACCUGUUGUCAUUUCCUUACUCCCAGCCUUCACCCCCUGGCAGCCUCUCCCUAAAUGCAGCCUUGUUUGCAUCAGUGUGUUUGGCUUCAAGGCUACCUGGUGCUCUGCACACCUUUGCCAUGCUCAGCUGUGCCCUGCUGGUGUUCGCACUUUGGCCCUGUCUGCUGCAGAAGAUGAGGGAGAGCACCUCACACCAGUUUACUGGGGUUUGUUUGGGAGUAUGUAUCGGAGGAGUAGGAGGUCUGGGGUCUCAGUCGAUGGGUGGAGCCGUGCUCUUAUCCCUGGCCUUAGUUAGUGUGACGUUACUCUGCCCCUUGCUGCUCAUCAAGUUGCAGAGGCACAAGGACAACAUUCAUGGACCUUGGGAUGAGGCUGAGAUUUGUGAGGAUCUUAGCCGUUUCCUUAACUAAUGAACAAAAUAAAACAGAUUUAAACUGGGCUACUACCUACCCAAGGUACUCAAGAUGUUGGCCAAAUUGACAUUUAACUAACUUGCUUUGCUGUGAGACUGCAGUUUGUUAAAUCUGCCCAUUUUAAGUGACAAAUUUACCACUAACAUCUAUCGGUAUUGAGAGCUACAGCUAGGGCUGGGCAAUAUGGCCUUAGAAUAAAAUCUGAGAUUUUUUCUUACCAAAUCCGAUUUCUGAUUUUAAUCGAUUUAUUCCUUUUCUUUUUUUAAAAGCAUAUUAAACUUAUUAAAAAUACAUUUAUUUAUAUGAAUGAAUGAAUGACAGCAAAAAAAAAAAAGUAAAUAACACUUCCACUGUGUAAAUGACUUCAUAUCUUGCAUUGAAAUAUGGAACACAACUGCAUCCCUGACUUCUUUCCAUCUAGAUCCUUAUCAUAUGCGAUCCACUGUGGAAAUAAUUCCCCUGAUGUAGGUCGUCUCUUAAUGAAUUUGUGGGCUAAAGUUGUAUUCUGCAUCUCAAAGAGAGCAGCAUUUGUCACUGCAGUUAUUGUCACAGCGAAGUUCCAGGCAUAAAUGACGGCUCACUUCACUUUAAAUCUGUUAGUAUUUUAGACAAAUACUGUUCUGGUGCGGAGAGACGGCUGAGUCCACUGCUAACUAUGGAAGCCCAAGGGUAGCGUGUGUGGUGCAUAUACAAGAGAAAAAUCCAGAUUUUCAUUAAAAUAAAUUGUCAGAAACUGAAAAUUCAAUUUAUUGAUUCCAUUAAUUAAUCGCCCAGCCCUAGCUGCAGCAAAUAAUAAUCAUGCACAUAUCACACAAGAAGUUUUUAAUGUCAAAGCUGCUACUAUUUUGUACUGUAAUCACUGACCACAGAAUUUGAACUGAGGGUACUGAUGUGCAGAGCUGACCUACACAUCUGGAAACACAUGAUGCUAUGCACCAUUUGGUAUCAGUGAUGUUUAAAGUCUAUGUGAGAUAUUCCAUGUUUAUAUGUAAAUCAAUAUGAACAAGGGCUUUUUUCCAAGAGGUAUCAUUAUAUAUAUAUAUAUAUAUAUAUAUAUAUGCUCUAUAAUAUUAGGUCUAUAAUAACGAGCAAAUAAUUAGUACACAGGGGACAGAAAGCUGCUCCACAGUCAAAAUGUCAGCUAUGGCUCUCUUCCGUCUCCAGUGGGUGUCUUCAUCAUUAGUAAACCCUUUAAUAUCAGCUGCUGUGCUGAGUAAAUCAUCUUAAACCAAAACAGCGUGGAGUUAAGCUAACCUGGUUGUAACAUAACUAGUCUUCACGUGACUCAUUUUUCUUUUCGGUUAGCAUUCAUUGUUAACUUAAUUAAAGUUAAUGUUUAUUUUUAAAAAUGUGUAAAAUAAAUUAAAUAAAUUCAACAAGUAAG